AUGCUUCCAGCACAGCUCUCGGCUCUGCGCGCGACAGCUGCAGCCUCUGUAUUGCAUCGCUUGCCGUCCUCGAUGCACAAACUAGCUCUACCGGCUACGAGUCAGCGACUUGCAGCUGGAUAG